AUGGUAACAUCCAGAUAUGGAUUAUAUGAGUGUUCUAUUCAUUUGGUGCAUGUUGCACCAUCAGCCUCUCGCGAAUCUCUCUCAGAGACCCAUAGAGUUGCCAUCUCGUGUUCACCAACCACAGAAUCCAUGGACUUGUGGUCUUUUAAUUAUAGCGAUAUUAAGAGGGUUCGGAGGAAUACUACUGAGAAUCCCGAUUCAGAUUUAAAGCAUAAGAAACCCUAUUAUGGCUACUACAAUUCUCCUGAUUUCCGUAUCAUAUCGGUUUAUCAUCCAAUAAUUGAUGAUAUAGGUGCAACAGGUUUCGACUACGUUACGGUAAACUACCAAUCAAAAGGUGGUUGUGAUGAUAUUAUCCUAUAUUUUGACAAUAUCUUCGAUAACUCAAUCGUUGUGUAUGAUUAUGUGAAGGAUGACUUUUGGAUGUUUGCCAAUCAUUCGUCUUUUGUUCCAGUUCCUAGUGAAUCCUAUAUCUUAGAUCAAUAUCAGCUGUCUUACGGUGUUAUGAACAUUGCUCUAGGUUGGCCAGACAAGAAAGGCAAUAGAAUUGCUUAUUAUGCACCAGGUGCCAGUACCGGAGAAUACGCUGUAACAACCAAAACCCUAAAGAAUCGUCGUAAGCAGCCCCCCUAUGGUAAUGAGUUCCGAUUAAUAGGAUAUCAUGGUUGUAAAGGAUCUAUUCAUAGGCAAUUUUUUGAUCCCAACUGUGGAGUAAUGUUUUUCGCUCAUAUGGCUUCUGGAGAGGUCAGGUGCUGGAAUGUUGGUAAACCAUUUAAUCCCAAUAACCUUGAGGUUAUUUUCCACCCCGAGGAAUUUGAACUAUUUUCCGAUGUUUAUGUGGAUUCCGAGGGAUACCUCUGGAUGCAUUCUUGCCAAGUACAUCUUGCUUUGGGUACGGAUGAACCAUUGGAUCUUAGUAGAGUCAAUUCCAGGAUUAGGAAAGUCAAAGUGUUGGAUGCAAUUGAAGGAACUGUGUGCGAAAACUACGGAGGGUUGCAACAUGAAGUAGCUUGGGAGUAUUUGAGUGAUUUGUGA